AAUCCAACAAAGUGUGUGAGAGACAGGCAGAAUAAUGAGUUUGUGUGGAGCAAUAAGAGGGUGUGGCUUUUUUACACAGCGAGAACAGAUAAGCUGAGUUUGCCUAGCAGAGAGAGGCAGGAGUCACAGUCCUGAACAGACACUUACUUUCACUCUGCUGGGCUGCCAGACAAUCCAGCUGCACAUUUCCACUCAGUCUCCCCCUGUUCCUGUGAAUUCCUCCAAGAAGUUUGACGCAACGCAGCAGAAAGGGAAACAGCCUCUAACAGGGAGAAGUGGAAACACAAGAGGACAUCUCAACAACACGCAGACAUGAAGGACAAAGUUAGGAGAGGGGGAGGAAGAAGUCAGGCCAAGACUGAUGAAAUUAGCCUGGCAAGUGGGAAGAACACUGUUGAUAUUAAGCAAGAUGACGGCACAUCGUUCUCUGUGAAGAUACAAGGAGCAGGAGUUGAGCCAUUUGAGCUGCAGGUCCAUGGAUUUUGGCUGGUUCAAGAUACAGUAAUGACUCUGCUAUCGAGGGAUGAGGUGUGUCCACGCUCCAAUUUUUCACUGUCACUUGCUGGUACGCCUCUGGACCACCUUGCAGAGCUACAAAGCCUCAAGGGUCUCAAACCCGGAUCGGUUCUCCGUCUGAACGAAGAGCCCUACACUGCCCACUCAGCCAGGCUUCAUCUGGCUCGUGUGCUGGAGCUCCUGAGGGCAUCUGGACCUCAGGAUGCACUGAGGGAAGGACAAUCCCCAAGUGUACUGGAGACACUCACACAUAUGCAAGUACAAGACUCUAGUUUACCAAAUGGAAAGAGCCUGAAACGUUCUUUAAGCAACACAAAAACAGAACCAGUCAACCAGGAUGGAGCUCCUCCUGAGUAUCUGCUGCCUGGUUCCCAAGAGAGACCGCUGAUGGCCCUGCUACCACAUAGCUCCCAACCAGAGGCCCCUGGUUUUGUGAGGGACUUGUCUCUCAGCUGUUGGAAUCCACCUCCAGGACACAGAAAGCUGCAGGGAGACUUCAUGUACAUAACAGUGAUGACCAUAGAGGGACGCCGCUAUGACAUCACCUCAUGUCCAAAAGGUUUCUUUACCAAUAGAUCCACAGAAGAAGUAUUUGAUCCCCGUCCUGCUCAGUCCUCCCCAGUCUGCCACUGUUUCACUGACCUCCUCUGUCAUAUCAGCCAAGCCUUUAAACAAGCAUUUACCACUCUCAAAAACCGGGUUCGCUUGCCUCCAGUAGAGGCAAUGCCCACUCCUUACCACACCCGAAGCUGGCUCGGGCCUCCCUGUGCCUCUCGCACUCAUAAAAACACCUUCAGCAGACUUGGAGUAGAUCAACAGCCAGCUGCACAGGCUCCAGACUGGAAUGAAGAGCUGCAGGCUGCCAAAGAUCUUCCCCAAGGAAGUCUGGAGGAGAGACUGCGUAGAGACAAAGCUUUACUGCAGGUAAAUAGUGCAUUUGUUCGGGCUGUGACUCAGGGGGCAGAGACUGUAAUAGACGGGUUUGUGGAGCCGGUCAAUGGAAACCCUGAGGACCCAGCUUUCCUGUGGGGGGGAUUGUUCAUGAGCCAAGGGGCAGCAAGUGACGUGUUUGGUGGAGAAAGAGGCCGCAGAGCUGCUCAGAGGCUAGAACUUCAAGGAGUACAAGCCUAUGGUCACAUUGAGGGCUUACAGGGGCUGCACACUUUGCCCACAGCCGUUGUAGAUUACAGAGGAGUGCGUAUGUCUGCUCAGGGUUUGGCUCCUGGGUUGGAAGGUUCAGAACAGGACCAGGAAACCUCUCCUGCAUCAAGAGGCCUGCUGUAUGGGGUGAAUGCCGGACCACAGGAGUCCCCUCAACGCAGACGCCUUCUUGAGCACCUGGCUUCAGCUGCCAAAGCUCUUUCUCUCCAGCGAAAUGUUGUUGUGGCACCCAAAGGUCACAAAGUCCCUCUGUUCACCUCAGUGGACGCUCAGGGGCUUGUGGGAGCUGAUGGGAGGUUCUACCUUCUAGAUGUGUUCAGGAGCUUGCCAGCUGACGCCAACUUUUGUCCAGAGGCAGAGGUACAGAGUGAAGCAAAUACAGGAGAAGAAGAAACAAAAGACAGUUGCGCAGAUGACAAUACAAAUGACUGUGUACAAAGUGGCUGGCCAGAGGAUUACUGCUCCUCCUCAGGGCUUCCAACAAGUUUUCCUCAUGGUCUCUGUAGACUCAGGCCAGAGCUGGUUCAGGCUUUUAUCCAGCACAAACAUAACCAGUUCACUCAGCGUGUCAGAGAACAACUGGAUGAGAAUGGAGGCUUUGAGGAAUGUGCAGCAGCCGGCGACUCUCGAUCCACCAAUGCAGUUCGAGAUGCUUGUAAAGAAGUGGGCUCAGUCAGCAACAUUAUCUUUGAAAUGCGCUUCAACCCAAACGUCUUCUCUCCAGGUAUAACUUUCCCUGAUACUGAAAGUAAAUCAGUAAAGCUGCAAGAGAGGUUACUGAGGGAAGCUGCAGCCUUUAUCAUCACACAUCAGAUACCAGCCUUUUUGGAAUUUUGCUUGCAAAACAGUGAGGUACCAAUGGAUGGAGCUUCUCUAAAACAGGCAUUACACCUGAAAGGCAUUAACCUCCGGUAUCUGGGUCAUGUGAUCAAGGCCAUCAGCCAGUCAGAACAUAAGGAGCGGCUGAGGCACAUACUGAGAACAGCCAUUGGUGAAAUUUUCCUUCGCUCAACCAAGAGAACAUUCAACAGUUUCCUUCAGGGUGUCGAGGUGCCAAGCCUCUCUGCAGCUGUCAGUCACUUCCUCUGCUGCCUGUUGGUUCCCCACUUCACACCCACUAACGUUGGAGAAGACACAAAGAAAAAAUCAAGGCGGCGUGGCCGGGGGGCUGGACCCUCUGAAAGCACACCCUGGAGCACACUCACUGGCUCUGAGCUGUGGAACCUGGUCUGCCAGGAUGCCACUGAAACAUACAACAUCUCUGAUGUCCUCGGUUCUGGGCCAAACCACUUGGUGGACCACUACGGACUCCAACGGCUCUCCUUGCUUAGAGGGUUCUGUUUAAAGACCGGAGUUCAGUUGAGACUGAGAGACUAUGUCCUGGACAAUCAAAAUAAAGCCCCCAUUGGUCCUGAUGACAUCUUGAAUAUCUUCCCUGUUGUCAAACACAUCAACAUUCCAAUAGUGGAUGCUUCAAAAGCAUAUCAUGCUGCACAAAUCUCAGUUCAGAAAGGUGUGAUGGAUCAGGCCCAUGAACAGCUGAAAGAAGCUUCAUACCUGUUUGGCAGAGUGUGCGAUGAUCUUCACCCUGACGCCUGUCACUGCUACAGCCUGAUGGCCAGAGUGGCCUUCCUGCAGGGAAAAGCAGCAGAGGCUCGCAGUGUGCAACUGAAGGCGGUAGUCAUCAGUGAGAGAGUGUUUGGUUUCGACCACCCAAACACUAUCCAGCAAUAUGCACUGCUGGCUGUGUAUAUGUAUGCUGGAGGGGAGAACGCCCUAGCCCAAAAGUGUCUGCUCAGAGCUCGUCUGUUGAUGCUAACAGUUCAUGGAGAAGACCAUCCAUACACUGCCUCACUGGAUAGUUGUCUUGGGUUGGUAGUAACAGGAAAUCAGGCCGAGCAGUACCUUAAAAAUGCACUCAGACUCAGCACUUCCUUCUUCGGCCCCACAGAUCUACAUACUGCUCUGAAUCAGCACCUGUUGGCCCAGUGGAUGUGCAGUAAAGGUGACUACAGAGGUGCCAUGACACAUGAGAAAGAGGCCCUCGCUGCAUUUACCUCCAUGUUUGGUGAGGAUCACCCCCAGACUCGCUGCAGUGUAGAGUUUCUGUCCAACAUAACCAAGCAAGCAGUGCGGGUGGAACGUUCUCUCAGACAAGCCGGAGCUGAGUGCUCAGAGCAAGUAGUGGAGUGUCUGACUCCAACAUCUGACACCAUUUUGGAGCAAAUGGCUCUGGCCACAGGGAUCAGAAAGAUUGCAAAGAGUGACCGCUUCCAGGAGUAUAAGCAGAAACAUAUGGAGCUAAAAGCAGCGGUGAAAAAAGAGCUGUUGGAAAAACUAAAGAAUGAGCUCAGCCUUUCAGCAAUUUUGAGUGGAGAAGAGAAAACCAAAGAUCAAGAAACAGAAGGCGGAAAGGAAAUGGAGGAUGGAGAAAACACAGAGACCAAUGAAAGUGGAGAGGAACAGCCAGCAGAGGAGAUGCCUGUUGAAAGUACUGAAGAGCUUUCAGCAAAUGAUCACGAGGUAGAUCCAGCUGAAAAUAAAGCACAUGAGGAGACAACAGAGGAAGAAGCAGCAGACAGUGAGCAGAGUGAUACAGGAUCAAAUGCUCAGAUAGUGGUGAAUGGUGAGGCAGAAAUGAAGUCAGGAUCAGAUGAUAAUGAUGAAAUAAAUGGAGCCACACAGAUGUCAACCAGCCCAUCAGUACUUAAGAGUAAUACUACAUGGGCAGAUAUUGUUUCAAAGCCUCUUAUAGUCAACGGAGAAACAGACAAGGACACAGCAGUCACUGGAGCUGAAGAUGUUACUGCCAAUGGAGUAGCUGAGGAGUAGAACCAUACUGUAUCUAACAGAAAAACAGUGUUGUAGCCAUUUAGUCACUGCUGUAAGAUUAAACUCUCCCAAGUUGAUCAAUGUGAUAAUGUCCACUGACCAUGAAGCAGGAAACAAGACAGAGUGAAAAUAAGAUAGAGGAGUCAGAGCAGAAGUAUUACUUUGUAUUGAAGACACUAUUACUGUUGCUGGGAGAGGGAUUUACUGUCAAGUGUUUUUUCCACUAAUAAACUUUCUAUCCUG